AUGGACUUCAAGAAGGACGCUCACAGAUCUUCGAGGAAGUUCCAAAGACCAGGUUUGAAAAAAACAUCCAGACUAUUCGCCUCUCAGCAGCUACACCCUGGGCACCCGCGGAGAAGGCCCCAGCCUCCCGCAGGUAGGCGAUCUGGUCCCCGCCCAGCAACAGCCCUCUGCGUCCUUAGCGACCGGGAGCUGUCUUCAGUUUGGAAGACUGCCCGUGGAUCAAAUGCGAUGCCUGAGAUGAUGGUGAAAAUCAUUGGAAGUAAACACUUUUGAUACCUUGUGGAGAAGCCAAAGAUCAAGGAGAAUGAGAACUGGAAGGCAGAAACUCAAACAUUACUCCAGAAAUCAGUGACUGGUACUGCAAAGCAGAUUAGCAGAGACCCCCCAGCUUCUACUAAUCCCACAGAUCAUCAAAUCAAUCAUGACCCAGAUGAUGUGGAAAAGAGCAAGCACCCAGAGAAAAACCAGAAACCAGAGGACAACCAGAAACUCCUAACGGGAGCACUCAGUUGCAGAUUUCUGGAUGGCAAAAUUCCCAACCAGGAAAAUGUCUACUGCAGCUCUGUACCAACUGGAGACCAGUCCCUGUCCUAUAUCCAUGGCCUCCCCAGGAGAAACCUUAGAGACUCGUCCUUAGAACAGAUGGCAAGGGGCAGCUCUGACCAACCCAAUGUGAAUUAUGAAAAGCUACUCUGGUUUUUAAAAGUUGCAGCUUCAGAUGAUCCACAGCAAAACAAAAGAGUUGAGGACAGCAAGGAACUGGUGUUGCAAGAAAAGGAAAGAGGAAGGAAAACUUCUGAUUCAAAUCUUGGACAGAUACAUCAGAUUGACUCCAACUCCCAGUCAGAAGUGAACCACCACCUGUUGGAGAUCUUGAAGAUGGCACUAAGGGCAACCAAGGGCAAACUCAACAUGGAGAAUCUCAACCGGAGUUUUCGAAAAGGAGAUCGCUCGUUCUCUGGUUACCUCCCCCUACCCAAGGUCAGGGCUAUAUGUGGGAAACAUGGAUUAUAUUUGACUUUGAGCCUUCUGGAAACAUUGCUUAACCAUCAAGAUUUGGGUUACCAGGACAAAAUAAAAUGGCAGAAUUUUGUUGAGUUGUUGAGCGGAGCUUCAUCUUAUUUGUCAUCUGAUUUACUUCCUGGAAAGAAAGGAAAGGAAACCUCUGCUACUCCAGUGCAUCCUGAAGUUAAUGAGAUAUCUCAAGGAAAAACUGAACAUAUGAAAACUCCAGAAAAGGAUUUGCAGCCAGAAAACCCUCCUGCUGAGACUUCAGCCCCUAAAGAUCUCCUGAGCGCUUUGAAGAUCAGGCCAGUCUCACAGCCUUUUGUCAGUCCAGUGAUGAAAAACACGUCUGAAGAAUGUGAGACAUGGAUUGACAGGUUCAGGAGGCUAGAAAAUGCCCUCUACCUGCGUGAUCUGAGUAAUACAGGAGUUCUGGAGAAGGAACGAGCCAGAUGCCUCAUUCACAACUACAAUCUCAUUUACAACCUGUCCCUGAGCCCUCGGAAAGUUUACCAAGCCUUGCGGAGAUUCCAUGCUGGAGAAAAUAUGCUCUUGGAGCCAGCGCUUCAGUACUUAAAGGAGCUAUGA